UCCUUACUGUAUUACAAGGAUCCAUCAGCUGUCACCGAACCAUAGAGCUUGCGAUCAAACCCCCUCCUCAUCCUGCUCACUGCCCCACCAGGACCACCAGACAGAUCACAAUCCACCAUCCAUAUUCAUGGAAUGACCUUUACAGCUCCAGGACACCUAAUACCCCAUCAUCCACCUCCUCUGACCCCCAAGAUGCCUUGUUACCCCCGGGCCUGAGCAGUCUGCAGGGAGCCCAGAGCUUGCACUUAGUUUUCUCUACUCACCACAGAAGUCCCCACAGAGACAAGUCCUGUCCUGAUCCACAAUGCAGAAAGUCAUGGAAAACUCACAGAAGUUUCGAAUUGAUGCCCUCCUGGCUGAAGAGCGCCCCCGUGUGGCCCCAGCUCAGGGCAGAGAGCCGUGUCUAGCGCAAUCUGCCCACCUAUCGCCACUUUACCCUAAGACUGGUUUCCUGCCGCUGCACGGACUGUACCCCGCACCCCUCUACCACAUGCCCCCCAUGGGCACCGUGCACCACCACUUCCCAUACAGCAGCUUCUCAGGGGUCCCAGGACCGGAGCAGAUAAAAGCCUCCCUGCCCCUGGAGCACUGGCUGAGGGCCGGACUACUCCUGCACAGGGGACCCGAACUGCACGCCUCUGCCCAGGCCGGACUGAUGGGGAAGUGCAGACGCCCGCGGACGGCGUUCACCAGCCAACAACUGCUGGAACUGGAAAACCAAUUCAAGCUCAACAAGUAUCUGUCCCGGCCGAAGCGAUUCGAGGUGGCGACUUCCCUCAUGUUAACUGAAACUCAGGUAAAGAUUUGGUUCCAGAACCGAAGGAUGAAAUGGAAGAGGAGCCGUAAAGUCAAAGAACAGGGACCGUCCAGCCAUGGCGACCGACAGAGGUCCGAGGACAAAGCGCCACCUAAAGACGAUGAAGACGAGGAGGAGGAAGAAGAUGAGGAAGAGGACGCCGGGUACCAGAGAGCAGAGCGCAGCACGGACAUCCUGCGGCUUCCCGCCCAGCGCAGCUACAGCCCGGAAUCCUUCUGCUCAGAGGAAGAGACUGCGGCCAUGUCCUCUCUAUAAGACACGGACAGUGGGCAAUGGAGACCCCAAUAUCUCAAUUAUUUAUUGACCAUGGACUGAUACCUCCAUGCAUACCAUAAUUUAUAUGUAUUUAACUAUCUGUAGAGGUUAUGUGGGGGGGGGGGGGGGGAAGGGUGGAGGCGCAAGGGGUUAAACUGCCCUGUGAGCUCUUAUGUUCGCCUCCGAUAUAGAAUAGAGACUGCAAAAUUAUAGGAGGGUUUACAGAUUUUAUACACGUUAAAAAAAAAAAGUUCUGAAAAAAUUUGCCGACUUUCAAUUCAUCACCCUUUUCAAAAUCUCUGCUUGCUGUCAGUAAAUGGAAGCAGAGGGCGAAAAAAAAAAAAAACGUACGGACCCCAAUACUUAGGCUGGGUUCACACUGUGUGGAUGUUUCCCUUUAGAGGAUAUGAUAUAUAUAUAUAUAUAUAUAUAUAUAUAUAUAUAUAUAUACCGUAUAUAAAAAC